AUGAGUUUAGACAAGGAAAUGGAAGCGAUUUGCAGUGAUCAAAAUCAGCUCAUGGCCAAUAUGAACAGGCUAUUUGAGAACUACAAGAAAGAUGGUCCAAGCCGUCGGACUAUGUCUAACAUCAAUAACAAGUUGGCCGGCCUCGACGGGUUCUGGCAGGAGUUUCAAAGCAAUCAUGCAAGGUUAUUAGAAUUCCAGAACGAGGACUGCACUUCUUUUGCAAAAAAAACAUACAUCAAAACCAAAUCCUUCUACGAAUCAGCUCGGUCUGUAUUGCUUGAUCAUUUGGAUACAGUUCAAAAGGCUGCCUUAUCACCGAGACCGAGACCAAUUUCACCGAAACCAACAGAACGUUCACCACUUCCUUCGUCAGAGAUGCCCAACUGGGCUGAAGAAAGAACCAAAAAUGAAGAAAAGCAACCUGGGCCAUCGGAUCUUCAAAUCCGCGCCGUCCCUACCCAUCAAUCUGUAGAUCAAGAAAGGUCGGCCACCCAGGCUACAAUCAAUUCUGCUUUCGCAAUUGCACCUAUUUUCAAUAUCACCGAAAAACCAAGCGUCGAUGCUGCCAAGUUGUCAGAAAAGAUGAGAAAGCAACAGAGCAACUUCAAGGCCUUCGCACGUACUCUACAUUACAUCGACCUCUCCACAGUAAAUGAAAAGUGGGAAUUGGAAGAUUUACUUAAAUCAGUUCAGUCUCGUUGGACAACUAUUGACACUCUUCACUGGGACAUCGACAGUGAACUUUUCGAAGACGACGAAACUUAUAAUCAAACGUUUUGCAAAUAUGAGAAGAAAUUCCAAGAUAUGAAAAAAUCUAUCAAUUCCAAAAUAUGGUCCAUGGUCCACCGUGAAAAAUCAACCCCCGUCAUGGACAUCCCACCCUUUAGUGGAAACUAUCAACAGUGGGUUUCAUUCAAGGAUUUAUUUAAUGAAGCCAUACAUCAUAACCGCUCGAUGUCUAAUGCACAGAAGAUGCAAUUUUUGAAAAAUAAGGUUAAAGGUGAAGCUGAAAAACUCAUUCAACAUCUGAACAUCAGCUCAGAAAACUAUGAAACCUGUUGGGAUAUCCUAAAUCACAGGUACAACAACACGAAACUAAUUUUCACCGCACACCUCAACAACCUGCUGUCGCUAUCAACAAUGCAACAACAAUCAUAUCAACAAAUCAAGCGCCUACAUGACACCACCAACGAGUGCCUAAACGCCAUCAGGAACCUAGGCGUGGACAUCGUGUCAUGGGAUCCCCUUAUCGUCCAUAUUCUAUCACAAAAAUUGGACCCGGAAAGUCAUACGGAGUACGUUGAAUCAUUGAAGAACCCACGUGACUUGCCGACCUUAAAGGACUUCCUAGAUUUUCUAGAAAUGAAAUUUACAUCAUAUGAAGCGAGCCGCCGCAAGUUGGAUACACCAAAAACAUCUCAUCAAUCAGAAGCACCAAGAAAACCUUAUUACAAAUCAUUUAUGGGCAUAAAAGAUUCAUCAUUAUCACAAAAUAAAUCAAAUGAUGUUAAAUCAAGUUAUUAUCAAAGAAAACAUUGCCCAGUUUGUAAUAAAAAUCAUGGCAUAUUUAAUUGCGAAACAUUUCAAAGUACAAGACCAGAAAGCAAACGAAGCAAUAUUGCAAGAUUGAAUCUAUGCAAAAAUUGCCUUUAUAAUCAUUACGAUAAGGAAUGUUUUUCAACGAGUCGAUGCCGCACGUGUCAUGAACGACAUAACACGCUCGUGCAUGAUGCCUACAGUCAGAAACAAGAGACUUCCGACCCACUUAAUAAGCGCAAAACUGUUGCAAGUAUUACGCAAGAAUGUAGAAAAAAUAUAGAAGUUUUAUUACCUACCGCCCUCAUCAAAGUAAGGGCAGUAGAUGGAAAGUAUCACACUUUGAGGGCGUUUAUUGAUCCUGGAGCACAGAUGUCAUUGAUCACGGAGGCUGCGGCUCAACUUCUCCAAAUACCCCGGGAAAGCUGUGACGACACUAUGUACGGCCUGGGAAUUAAUGGAAACUCCUGUAACGGCGUUAUAAACGUCACUUUGUCAUCACUGCAUUGUGACUUUCAAUUUGACGCCGAGUUAUUUAUCAUGAAUAAACUCACUCUGCCACUGCCGAAUCAAACCUUCGUCAAGCCCGAUUUGUCAUAUUUAAGAGGACUACCACUGGCAGAUCCGGAUUACAAUAUCAGCCGACAGAUUGAUAUCAUAUUAGGAACAGAAAUCUACGCCAAAUUCGUCCAAAAUGGAACCAUAGUAAAAGACGAUGACCUCCCCGUAGCCCAGAAAACGAAACUCGGGUAUAUCAUUAACGGAAAGGUCCCAUUGCCAUCGUAUCAACAAUGCUGCACCAUCGUCAACAACAUGAGUGAUAUCUCGCGCUUUUGGACCAUUGAAGACAUCAAUGAAACAUCAAAUUUGUCAUCAGAAGAUCAACAUUGUGUAGACUUCUACCGCGAAACUACUUUUCGACAAGAGGACGGAAGAUAUGUCGUUCGGUUGCCGUUGAAGCCAGAGAAGGAAGACGCGCUUGGAUAUUCAAAGAACAUAGCUAUAGCACAGUUCAGGCAACUCGAGAUGAAGUUUCGAAAGGAUCAAAAUAUCGAAAAGGAGUACAAGAAGUUUAUACAAGAAUACAUUAGUUUAGGCCACAUGCGCGAAUGUACAGACGAAGUCGACGGGCCAUCCAACUCGACACAGGAGUGCUUUUUGCCACAUCAUUGCGUGAAAAGACCUGAGUCAGCAACUACAUCUCAUAGGGUGGUCUUCAAUGCGUCUGCCAAAACGUCAAAUGGGACAAGUCUGAACGACAUCAUGUACAGCGGACCCAAUUUACAACACGACUUAUUGUCACUCAUCAUCAAGUGGAGACAAUAUAAGGUGGCGUACGUGGCAGACAUUGAAAAAAUGUUUAGAAUGAUUGGUAUGAACAUUCAAGAUCAAAAAUAUCAGAAAAUCAUAUGGAGAGACAAUGAACAUCAAAGGUUCCGUGAAUACGCUCUAACAACAACAACAUAUGGCACCAAGGCUGCUCCAUGGUUAGCUAUGAUGACUUUAAGACAGUUGGCCAACGACGAACGCCACAACUAUCCUCAAGCGGCUAAAGUCGUUGAAGAGAGUUUUUACAUGGAUGACCUGCUACACGGCUGUCACGAUCUCGAAUCAGCGAAGAAAAUGAAACAAGAUUUGAUCAAUUUAUUAAAAUCAGGAGGAUUUAAUCUUCGCAAAUGGGCAUCAAACACGCCCGAACUACUGCAAGGAGCUAGUAAGACUCAAGAUCAGCAAGAAACGUUCGAAUUUAAAGAUCAAGAAACAACGAAAACGCUGGGUCUACGCUGGCAUCCUCAGGAAGAUGUAUUCAGUUUCCAACUAAAAAUUGCACCACUCCCAACUCAAACAUCAAUCACAAUGACGAAGAGAGAGUUGCUGUCGAAUAUAGCACAAGUAUUUGACCCUCUGGGAUGGCUGUCACCAGUAACCAUGAAACUGAAGUUACUGUUUCAAAAUGUCAUAUCAAAUGACAUCGGAUGGAACGAUCAAAUACCCCAAAAUAUCAAGAAAGAAUGGUUCACAAUUUCACAAGACCUCCAAGUUAUCAAAGAUAUCAAAAUCCCGCGUUGGCUAAAUACCUGCAAGAAUCAAGAAAUCGAACUACACGGUUAUUGUGACUCAUCAACUAAAGCAUACGCAUGCGCAAUCUACUGCCGUGUUAUCUCCACCGACGACAAAAAAGCAACGCCGCCGCCGCCGGUACUGAUAGCAGUAAAAUCAAGACUUGUACCGUCGAAAAAAGCUGUGUCCUUGCCGAGACUAGAACUGUGUUCAGCUCUACUUCUAUCAGCCCUCAUGGAGAAGGUCAAGCUAUCUCUGUCAGAAAACCAAAUCAAAAUGGUCUGCUGGUCUGACAGUACAGCAGUUUUGGGCUGGCUAAACGGCGAACCUAGCAAGUGGAAGCCAUUUAUAGCUAACCGAGUUACGAAAAUUACAAAAAUCAUACCACCGACUUGUUGGAACUACGUCAAGUCCGAAGAAAACCCGGCCGACUGCGCUAGUCGCGGAAUCACGGCCCAGCAGUUAUUAAAACACCAUCUUUGGUGGAAUGGACCAAACUGGCUGUCAUCAUACAGUGAAAAUCAAGAAAGGCCCACGUUCACUACGGAUCAAGAGGUUAAAAUAUCAAAACAAAGCCACGCGGUAACAUGUCAACAAACAGACGGCGAUAUUAUCAAUGAAUUAAUAUGUAAGCAUAGCAACAUGACUCAUUGCACCCGCGUACUCGCCUGGAUACUACGAGUGGCUUCGCGGCGUCAGCAAAGCUCGAGUUACCUAACAGCUGACGAGUUAAACACAGCUAAAAAUAGAAUCAUCAAGUACGUGCAAGAAAGAGAGUUUUCAAAUGAAAUAAUAAAUUUGAAAACAAAUCAAUCAGUGCAUUUAAAAGCAAUAUUGUGA